CAAACCUCGAUUCCCCGCCGCAUUAAGCGCCCGACGCGCAGGCGCCUAAUGAGCCGCCCCUGCUCCCCUCUCGCGCGUGACGCCAAUAGCCGGAGUCUACCUUUCGUCCGACCGUCAUCAUCGCUUUCCUUCCGGAGUGAUAUAUCCUCGUCAUCAGGGCACCCUGCGUUCUCGAGAUACUUGCCUUGAACGAUCAUGCAAAGGAUGCCUGCGAUGUCUCCCAAUACCCGCGUAGCUUUUGAUCCCAAAGCAGCUUCAGGACCCCAUGCGACGUCGAGCUCGUCGCUGCCGCGACUGGACACGCAAUCACACUCACGACCUCAGCCCUUCAUCCUCCCAGGGGGUGGUCGAUCGCGCGCCGUCGCCGCCCCGAUCUCUGGCCCUCCCUCAUGGAAGAAGCUGAAGACGAAAUUCAAGAAGGGGAAAAGCAAGGGUCGUAUGGAUCAAGGCAUAUCUUCCGAGUCCAUUCUGCCCGCCCUCGGUGCCUCAUACGCCCCGCUGUACCCCUCCGCGCAAUCGCCGCCGUUGUCACCCGCGCCUCUCACACACGAGGCCAUAGCUACGCUGUCUGCGCCAAACCUCCGCACCUCAAACGACUUCGAUAUUCGCGCCGCACAGGGGCACGUCUAUCCAUCGGACGUGCGCUCCAUGCACUCCUCGUCGACGACGUCCUCGCACCACGUUUCACAACAGCCACAACACAUCCCGCGCCACCAUUAUCCUUCGUCAUCCGCCAGCGACUCCGGGUUCUUCUCUUCGAACCAGUCUGGCCUCGCCUCUCCGAGCCAAUCAGGUUUUAUCUACCCUGGCUCGCGCUCGCGGAGUCGGCCGAGCCACCCGCCCCCCACUUUGACGUUCAGCAGACGUCCGCGGACGGCGAACUCGGCGGACCGGUGGGACCUUACAGAGGGAGAGCAGAUGAUGCACGUUACCGAAGAGAUGCGGUCGAUGGGUGUGGAGGAUGAAAGAGCGCAGGCAUGGGAUGGCGGAGAUGGCAUAGUGAAUGGACGCUGUGGUGCAGUUGACCCAGUGGAGAAGGCGAAUAGUUCGACUGGUCUGCCGCCACCGCCGCCACCACGUGCCACGAGGCCGCCUCUUCCUCCAGUGCCGCGUCACUCCGCGUACACGAUCACGCCGUCGCCGUAUAUGAUGGCAUCGCCGACGUAUACGGUCGACGACGAGACGCCUUCGCCGCGAUUGGACUACGGAGGCCAACGCACGGAGUUCAUACCCACGUCGCCGCGCCAGAAGUUGCGAGUCAUGAACCUGGCGCAGAAUGAGGAGCCUGCUGCGCGACCACGUUUGGACAGUCGUGCGCCGCCUGCUGGCCCUCUGCCGCAGCCUCCUACGGGCGAGUCGACGCGGCUCCCACGCCGACAACCUCUUCACGAUCCUUACAACAUGUCGAUGCUCGAAGCUGACCGCGUCAAUCAUACCCUGUUGCGACGCCUUUCACCUCCCAAUUCGCCGACUUUCUACGACUACGACACCGCUCCUCCCACCGCCGCGCUCGACCUGGGAUGCGGAGCCGGUCACUGGCUCCUCGACGUCGCUCAGGCGUGGCAAGGAUACGGAACGCGGCUGACUGGUAUGGACAUCGUCGACCUGACGCGUGGAACCGGUCUAGAGAAGCAGGCAACGUUCGUGAGAGGCGAUUUCCUUCGCACACCCCUCCCCUUCCCCGAUGGCAGCUUCGACCUCGUCCGGAUGGCCAACCUUACUCUUGCAAUACCCCGCGACGCCUGGGAAAGCUUACUCCACGAAGUGUCGCGCGUCCUCGCCCUCGGCGGGCGCCUGGAGCUCAUCGAGGACCGCGUGCGCUUUCCGCCGAGGUCAACGAUGGACAACGGCUCCUACCAUAGCAAUGGCAUCAACGACAACCUGCUCGAGCUCGAGCGCGCGUACGUGGACAUGCUCGAUACCGAGUACGGUGUCGACGCAAACCCAAGGGCACACCUGCAGGGUUUGAUGGAGGACAUCUUCGGGCAUCAGAGGGUGGUGUGCGCUCUGCAUCUGGCGACGGCGAACGAGGAGGAUAUUACCAGGCGCCCGGUCGCGAUAGUCGGCGAUGCGAAGCGUCUGCCCGUGGAAGCGGGGCUCGUGCUUUUGCCGUCAUCCGUCGGUGCCACGUCUGGAUCGUUCAUCCCGAUGUCGCAAGAGGAGGCCGACGCGGUGGCUGCGCGACAGUCUCGUGGGCUGCUGGCGGCGCGGGAUAGGCUCAUUGAGUAUAUCGUGAGCGUCGCGGACGCGGAGGAUGCGGAGGACGCGCGGCAGGCGGCGGCGGAGGCGCUAUGGGAAUAUGAGAGGCAACUGCAAGGAGAGCAUGCGGGGAAGCCCGGUACGACCGUCCAAACGAAUGUGAGCCCAAGGAGGAGACUAGCCGAGCCGGCGCUCCCCGAAUCGCCCACGGUAUUGCCGCCGCCACCGUUCCAGAGCCACGCCCCCCUCUCCCCCGUCGACUCGCCCACGACGCCGGCCUUGAGUCCCUCGACGACGCAUGCUUCCGCGCUUAGCGUGCGCUCGCCUACAGUAGACGACGCUCCCCCGUAUUCGAGCGUUGAGGAAACGGCUGUGCGCUCGUUCUACGUGUACGAGGCAAUCAAGGUGAAGGGAGCGAUCUUAUAGAAUAACUUCCCCUGUAUUGCGGAUGCGAAGAUGGCGUGCA